UCAGCCAUUAUGCUAAGUUUAGGAAUGUGUAAGGCAAUGGGAUUCACACAAUCCCCGAUGAGAUAGAAUAGGAGUGAAAAAGAUGCCUGGACAGGUCGAACGUUGGCUAGAAACUUUCAUGUGUAAACAAUAUGCAGAAACUUUUGAAGCUUAUGGGUUCAAAACGCUCCAAUCGUUAUGUCAACUCCAACUGCCUCAACUGCAAAUUAUGGGUGUUGCACACGAACACUGUGAACAAAUAUUGGACAAUGUUGAUAUCCUCAGACAGUCACUGUGUGGUACAAGUAGUAUGACACAUUAUCAGGACAACAUGUACAAUGCAUAUACCAGCAGGCUUCCGAACAUUAACCAGAUGCAUAACAGUAGUUCAGCCAUGCAAAUGGGUAAUAGGAUUGGAAACAUGACUGGCUACAAUUCCCAAAGGUAUUUGAAUAAUCAGAGUUCUAUGAUGCAGCAUCAGUCACAGCAACAGCAAACAUAUCCUGGGCAUAGUGCUGUGUAUUCGAUUGGUCAGUCUAGUCCCUAUAUGGGGUAUGGAGGUACAGCAGAGUCAAGGCACUAUCAGUAUACUCCCAUGGAUAGGAGGGGAAGUAAUAAUUACUGUGCUACAUUAGGACCUUCUGGCAAUUCAAAUGGUUACUCAAGUAGAGCACCACCUCAAAAUAUGUCUAAUCAGCAAGUGCCACAUGGUAUGAUGCAUACACACAUGCGCCACAACCCUGCAAACCAGAAUCCACAAGAAGUUGCAAACAACAUUUUACAGAUGGCAGCUUCUACAUACAUGCCAAACCAGACUGUCACUAUCCCUCUGACUAAAAAUCGUUCAGCUCCAUAUCACAUCCCACCAAAGUCUCCACAUAACAAUUAUUCUAUGCAGGGAAAUUGUCCAACUUCAACUCAGCAGCAUCAACAACAUAUUGGACAAACUCAUCAAUUUGCUUAUCCUAAUUCCUCCCCACAGCAGUCAUCUCAAGGACCAUGUGCCUCACCAAUCAGCCCAAAUCCAGCAUACAUGCACAGUCCAGCAUCUCAUCACAGUGGGCAGAGCAUGCCCAAUGCCAGUCCUCAGUCAGUCCACAGUCCAACCCUUGUACUGAGUGGACCAUGUGUCAAGUCACCACACACUGUGGUCCCCUCUCCAGUGGGGGAUGUGUGUUCACCUUGUCAGAUAACUUCUCCCAUUGGCUGUCAGACCAGUGGUCCCAAUACAUCUCCGCACCAUCAACAGUUACUCGUGAAUGUACCAAGUGGAAAUCAUGCUAUGUUCCAAGGCCAGCUGACAUCACCAAACCAGCAAACCAAUAUGAAUGACUACUCACCUAAAACUAAUCCAGUUACCCCACCUGCUAGUCAUAAUAUUUCUCCAUAUAGUAACUCCUCAAGAUCCUCAAUACAUAGUCCACAACUCAAGAACUCAAUGUCUGUGUCCAGUGUAUCUGUGAAUUAUUUUUGUGCAUCAGACAUUCCAGAGCCUCCCCAAGAAAAGCCGAACUCAAAUCCUUUGCAGUCUCUACAGAAAUUAUGUAUGUUACCUGACCAUCAGGUGAUUGAUCCAAAAAGUGUUGUCAAUGAUGCUUGUCUUGAAUCACCACAAUCUUAUGACCACCAAAAAAACUUGAAUAGCGAUGCCGACAACCAUCAUGAAAAUCAGGGCCAGGUUUCGGCAUCGAACUUAAACAGUCCUGGGAAGUGUGAUAAUACUGAAGACUUUGAAACAGAAAUUGUAAAGAAUUGUAAUGAUAUAUGUAGUGAAGGCUUAAAAGAUAUUAAUGACUUAUCUCAAAAGUUAUUUGUAGUAUCGGAUAAAAAUGAAAAACAGCAUCAGAUAGUUUCCACUGAAACUACUGAAAUAUCAGAAAGACAGAUUUAUGAAAGCAGUAUUGAUUCUGGACACAGUGAUAAUGUGUCAGAAAUUGGAUGCUUGGAAGAGGAGGUUGAUGCACAGAUGGAAACACAGUGUAAAGGGGUAGAUAAAGAGGAUGAAGAAAAGGAGUCAAAUCAGCAUCAAGAAGGUCAUGACCAUGAUGAAGCUCAGCAGCUCCUAGAAGCACAACUAACUAAAAAAACACAGCAGACAGAGGUAACGGUGGAAGUGAAAGAUAAAGAAAAUCAACAUACUAGUGAUGUUGAGGAAGUGACAGUUUCUGUGAAAGAAAUAUCUGAUAAAGGUGUUUUAUCUUUCCCAAACUGUGGUCUUGUUCAGUGCAAAACUAUGAUAAAUUCUGAAACUGAUGGUUGUGAGCAGGUUAUCUGCAAGCCAAUAGGUUGUAAGGAAAAUGAUGAUAUUCUCUCAGAAAUAAUUGAUUAUGAAAAUGUUGCUAAAGAAAACAAUAAUGAGAUCAUACCUCAGUUACAUAGUGAUGAGAAUUCUUGCAUUCAGUAUUACAGACCAAAGUGUAUAAAACAAUCCAAAAGAAUGAAGAAAUUGCAUUAUAAACCAAGCUUAAAACUGCAUUCACAGAUGCUUUCUAGAGCAAAUGAAAAUCCACUGUUGGUAAAAACAUAUUCACGCAGAGAUCAACUUGCUGCUAAAUAUCGAUGGAGAAGGUCACACAUGCCAAGAUCAAGGUCAUUAAGGGGCGUACCAACAAGACUGGCCAGUACUACUAUGAAUUCUGUAAGUUACACUGACUCAGACAGUGAUGAUGGUGGAGUGUUACUAGUGAGGGAAGAUAUAGAUUUUACUCAGGAUCAGGAAUCCCCAUAUCCUUUGGACAGCAUUUCAGAUGAAGUAUCUCAGGAGGAAGAUAAUAGUUCUUCCAUUGAUACAGAAAAAGAUGAUUUAAGUCUGGUAGCUGACAAAUCCUCCCCACCUUUACCUCCUCUCAUACAAGUCAAUGGAUCAGCAGAAUCUGUUGAGGCUAUUGACAUUAAUGAUAUGGCCUUAGACAUGACUAAAAACUCACAAACAUUAGCUGUUGGCUGUGCUAAAACUCAAGCGAAUGUAAAUGGCAAAUCAGAUCAGAGUGUAAAGAAAAGGGACAGAAGCAGUAUAAAUAAAGAUAUAAGGAAAAGUUCAGCAAGCUCAAGCAAUGGACACAUUUCAUCAAGGCAGACUGAGCAGAAGAAUGGAAGAACUGAUGUUACUUGUAGAGAAAGGAAGCCCAGAAAAGUGAAAAACUGCUCUCCUGUCAAAGAUGUUAGAUCAAACGAUGAGGAGGAGGAGAAUAAAAGCAGUGCACAGAGUAAGUCAGCUGGCAGCAGAACACCAGCAAAAAGAUCCAGUCGUAAAAGAAGAAGAGCCUCGUCACUGAAGUAUGGGGACUUGUACUACAGUGCUGACUAUGUCCUGGACUCAGAGGAGGAGAUGGAAGUAGAGAAAAAGAGUAAGAUGGUUAGAAAGGAAAGUGGUAGCAAUAAGGAUGGCAUGAAGAAUGAAGAAGCAGAUGUCAUUAUUUUGAAUGAUGAAGAGGAAUCCAUUGUGGAAAAGGAUGGUGCUAUGUCCCUACCUCCUAAUGACCCAAGUAAGAAGGCAGGUUCCAAUGUCUCAGGUUUUAUACAGAGUGCUGAGGGCAGCAAAAGGACCAGAUUAAAAGUUAGUGCAAAAAUGACUCUUGAUAAUGUAUCUAUUGAGGAAUUGUCUAGCAUUAUUUUGAACAAGGAAGCCUGUUCAGAAAAUGAAAAACGACAGAAUUCUAAUAUUUCACAUUUUGUGGAUGAUGAAGGUGACUUAAAGUCUCUGAUUUCAAUAAGUGAUGAAGACAUGGAAAAUGAAGAGACAAGAACAUCGGAAAAUUUAGUGAAGAGUAACAAAAUGACAUCAAAAAUUCAUAAUGUAAAAAAUAAGUCUAAAAGUGGAAAAGGUAGACUGAAAAAACUUCAAAAAUCUCGUGCCAAAUUUGACAUGGUUGAUGAAGAGACUGAAGAGAUGAACUUAAGAAGGACCGUCAACAUUGUGAAAAAGAAACACCAAAAACGUGACAAAGUGAAAGCAGAUGAUAGUAAAAGUAGAGUUACAGGACCAUUUUUACGAAUCAGAAACAGCCAACCAUCCUAUUGUCGUGUGGUAAACCAAUAUGAAGAAGAUCCUGAAGUGUCAGGUCAGAAGAUUACAAAGAAAGUCUCUACACCUAUAACAGUGUCCACUGUUCAUAUGUCAAAACUUUCUGUAGAAAAAUCAGUUUAUGUGCCUAGUAAUUCUGUAACAGAGGACUCUAACUGGGUGUGUCAAUUGUGUCAUAAACAUAGCAGCUUUAAAUUUCUAGGGGACUUAUUUGGACCAUAUUACUGUGAAGAAAAUUUGCCAUCAACAAGAGGACAGGAUUCACUAUCACUUGAUAAGAAAUCAGAUUUCAAGAAGAGCAAACAGAGAAAUGUGACUGAUUUGAAUUUAGGUGACUUGAUUCAAAAAACAAAAAAACAUGUGAAGUCAGCCAGUCAGUCCAGACCUCCAGAAGAAGUUUGGGUUCAUGAAGAUUGUAUUGCGUGGGCUGAUGGGGUGCUCCUUAUAGGGCAGAAAAUCUAUGGUCUUAAAGAGGCUACAUCUGUUGCCUCAGCCACGAUGUGUUCAGCUUGCAAUGAGUAUGGUGCUAUGGUUGGGUGUCUACACAAAGGAUGUUCUCAAAAAUAUCAUUAUAUUUGUGCACUAGAAUCAGGGUGCUAUAUGGAUGAAGAAAACUUUUCCUUGUUGUGUGUAAAACAUAAGGAUAAGAAGAUGAAACAAUUAGAGACAUCUUAAAACAUCUCACAGCAAAAGAUGCUGAAACUAGCAGAUAAUAGCUGUGAAAGCCAAAACUUGUUAUGUGUGAAUCUUGAAUAAGUGCAUAGAAGUAUUUUUUGACUUUUUCCAAAGGAAAUUAUAUGUGAUAUUGAUCAGAGAGAUCAGUAAAAUUGAUCAGAGAAAUCAAUAAAAAAUAUUUUAAAAAUGA